AAGACAGCUAAAGCCCACACCCGCACGCAGUUCCAGUAUUACACAUAAUCGUUUAAAAUAACUAUUUAAACAAAGUCUUUGAAAAUCGUUCAGAUUUCUAUAAUAGUGUUACAUUGAAUUUGUCAACAACAACUUCAUAUUGUUUUACACUAAUUCAGUGAAGUCAGAUGUUUGCCAUCAGACCGCCCUCUCCGUGAUUUUAUUUGUGUCUUCUGCAUCCUUCCAGAUCUUUCUCCUCCUUUCGACAAAAUCUUUUCAGCACCGGACCAUCGUUUCUUCUCACCACAAAGACCAGCAAACUAUGUAAUGUUGAAAGCUGUCAUCAAAGCUAUAAUCAUGAGUGCAUGUUGCAGCAACACAGCAGCACAGCAGUUAUGCAGAAAUGGUGAAGACAGAAAACAAAGUGUUUGACUGAGAAACCAGUUCAGUGACAAGGAUCCAAAGGAUUUCAGUAAGGCUGAACAAGUCCAAAUGGAGAAUGAAGAGGAAGGCAAACCAACUGACCUGCCAGAUGAGAUUAAGGAUUGGAAUAAACAUCACGUGAAACAAUGGGCUCUCAACGAGGCUUGUGUGGAUGGUGAAUUUGCAGAUAUCUUGUUUCAGCAGAACAUUAAUGGGCCUAGUCUUUUACUUUUAGAAAAAUCUGAUUUACUAGGGGUGGGUGUCACACUGGGGCCUGCAAAGUUGAUCAUUCAUAAGAGGGAUGAACAUUUGAAAUUUAAGAAAGAGCAGUUGAGUAGCCCAACAACAAAUCAGUCUGGGAGACCGUGCAAGCCGUACCCUUUUCAUCGACACCAUGAUGCCUGCAGAUACAAGGUGAACAGCGUUCUUGAUGUAACAGAAUCAGGUGCAUCAGACUAUAUUGAACCCUGUCAUGAAUAUAAAGCAUACAUCCAUAUGUCAGAGGCAGCUGUGGAGAGCAAAAUGAACAAGUUCACUGAAGAGGUUAUUCGAUUUGCAGCAGCCUGCAUGAAUAGCCGCACUAAUGGCACCAUACAUUUUGGAGUUGGUGACAAGCCAGACUUUGUUCAUGGACAAGUUUUGGGAGUUAGCGUAAUGGACAAAGAGGCAUAUGUCAAUGCUCUACCAAAAGCCAUUGAGGGUAAUUUUGAAUAUAAACAUAUCCAGACAGCCAAGAUGUGCAUCAAACCACCUCGAUUUGUUGAGGUUCUCAAUCCUGAUAUGACAUCAUCAGAGAAAUAUGUGAUAGAAGUGGACAUCGUGCCAGACUUUGUGAUCUGUCAAGAGAACAUCUAUCACGUUUUCAGCUUGAAGACAAGGAAAUUAAAGAGGAAGUCCAAAAACAAAGAAACAGAGAAAGAAGAGAAAAAACGAUUCUUCAUUCGUGAUCACAGCAGCAGCAGGGAUCUCCUUGCACUAACCACUUCUGCCAAGCGUAAGGAAGAAUACAAUAGGUUUGUCGACAAUGUGUCACAGCUGUCACAGCUAAGAAAACAAGCAGAGGAAAAUCGCCUUAGUGUGGUUAAAAGUAGUGUCCAGGGCUCCAGACUAAGUGAAAUGAUAACAGGUGGAUCCCAAUCCUUAGACAAGUCCCACUUCGAGCGGUAUUUGAUAGUGACCAACAAAUCACAUUUAGUUCAUUUGGAAUCCCUGGGAUUUAUUCCUGAACUGAACCCAACUGCUGUUUUGGACUUUGACCCUGAGUCGACAAAACAUGGAUUGAUGAAGCACUUUGAAGACCAGAGUACAAUAAAUGUCCACUUGCCAGUACAAUAUAAAAUCACAGAGGCUGUCGAAGACAUUGCUAGCAAGCUAAAACUGACUCGAAACACCAGCUGGAUCCUCUGCAAUGGGGGUAUCGAAAAAGAGAUACCUUCAGAUGUAGAUGAAUGGUUAAUAGAGAAAGGAGCGUCUGUACGAAAUGUGAUUUCAUUCCUUUGCCGGAAAGAUGUGCUACCACACAAGAGAUUCCUGGUUAUUUUCAUAUUGCUGUCUACUGUGAGUGAGAACAUGGACCCUCUACUUGAGACAUUCAGCACAUUCUGGCAGGAGCUCAGAGGAACAGAGCAAAUACUUUGCAUCUGUGAAAAUGAAGAAGCAUUCACCUGCUGGAGGGACCUGAUUAAAUCCCGCUAUGGAUUAGACAUUAAAACAAGAUCAAUCUAUGAGCUCAGUUUUGCUGAGGUUAACGGCACCGUCCUCAGCCUGUGGUCAGACAACCGGAAAUCCAGCCGUUUCCUACCCUGUGGAGGAGGCAGCAAAGUGAUGUUAAAAAAGAAAGAAGAGGGCAGCCUGGACAUCCUGAAUAUUCUGUGUGUGAAUCAGUGUGAGGGAGGAAAUGAAGAUAAGGCCCUCAUACAGGAGAAGUUCUACAAAGGAGGAAAGGUGUCAUGGUGGAACUUCUAUUUCUCUGAGCAGCCAGGAUCCAUGCCAUUCAUCAAACGGGACAAGUUCGACUUCAUCAUGAACACUGUCCUACCAGCUUUGAGCUCUUUGAAAAAAGCUUGUGUGACCUUCAAACUUUUGCAUGUCCCAGGAUGUGGUGGAACUACACUAGCCAUGCAUAUAUUAUGGGCACUGAAAGACAAGUUCCGUUGUGCUGUUCUGAGGGACAGAACCGCUGAUCAUGUUGUUGUUGCCGAGCAGGUGGUCAAGCUACUGAUGUAUGAGACAACAGAACAAUCGUCCCGGAUUCCUGUGUUGCUCAUGCUAGAUGACUUUGAGGAGAUGGAUGACGCAUAUGAUUUGCAGCAGCUCAUUGAGAAGGAAUGUGUCAAGAAGGACAUUGGAUCUAGGUCCCCGCAGGUCAUUCUACUCAAUUGCAUGAGGGCUGAGUCUUGGGAGAAGACUGAAUCAACUGAAGACACUGUGUUCAUUGGCAAUAACCUCUCUGAAUUGGAGCAGAGGCAGUUUGAGAAAAAACUGGAGGAGAUUGAGAAGACCUACAAGAAUGCAGACACAUUCUACGCUUUCAUGAUCAUGAAGAAGAACUUUUCACCCGAGUAUAUACAGGGUGUGGCUCGAAACACCCUAAAGAGCUUCAACAUGAAUCACAAACAUGCACAACUCAUUGCUGUUCUGGUCUUGUUGAAUGUCUACUGCAAGGGUGCAACACUCUCAGUCUCUCUCUGUGAAGAGUUUCUUGGCCUCCAGACCAAGCCACAUAGUGGAUCCGCCGAUGUUAAGGUUGGAUUUGGGAAGUUUUCCACUCUAGUGACCUGCUGCACAGAGGAGGCUAAGGUUGUAUUCGAGGCAGUGAGAAUGAUCCACUCAAGCAUGGCCGUGCACUGUUUGAAGGAGCUUACAACCACAUACAGUGUAACCAAAGCUGAGAUCACUGAUCUACUGCUCAACACAGACAUGCUUUAUGAGUGCAUACAGGGCAAAGAUAAACUCAUGAAGGAUGUUCACACCAUGUUAGUGAAAAGACAUCACUCAGUCAAGGGUGAAGAUUCUCAGUUUUCACCUCUCAUCCAGGAUAUUGCAAAGGAAACACCAGGUGUUGAAGAAAAUGUGCUAUUCAAUGCAGCCAAGCGCUUUGAAAAAGAUGCUGUCAUCUCUCAGCUUCUUGCCAGAUACCAAUACCUGAAGAAAAGGGAUUUCAGGGAGGCAAAGGCCUGGGCAAAGAAAGCGAAAGAUCUUUCCAGAGAUAACUCCUACAUUUCUGACACAUCUGCACAAGUGAUCAAGCAUGAGCUAAAGAGUGCAAUACAAAGUGACAAAGAUCCCAUGAAGCCUGAAAAGCUCAAAGGCUAUCUUAGAAUGGCCCAGUCAGCAACAGAGGCCUUCAGGGAUACACAGGAAAUUGCAAAGAAGGAGGCUACUCUGAGAGUACAAAACAAGAGAGACAACAGCCCUUUCAACACUGCAGGUUGCCUUGGAGAAAUCCAGGUUGCGGUCAUCAUCAUCGAAAUACUGGAAAAAUGUCCAGUGUUUUCUUUAGGCAAUGUCCGUCAUGACAUUCUGAGUGAAGUUCUCUCUGGCAGAUUUACAAUCCAAGAUGUUGCGAGGAAAGAUUCCAGACAUCACAAACAUGCCUUGUAUUACGACAUUCUCCGUGAAUUUGAAGAUCUUCUGUACAACCUCAGACAUCGCAUGAAGAGGCAUUUUGAUUUUCUUGACAGCUUUCAUGUCAAUUUGGGUUCCAGAUUCACCCUGAAAGACAGUCGAGAGGAAAGAACUCGACAGGAGCUCUUCCGAUGCUUUCAGCUAUACAGUGACCUCUUUUGCAUGAUGGAUUCCACAGAAUUGAUUAAAAACAAGAACCUGAGCAUCAUGCUCCAAAUUCACAAGGCAAGGCAAUUUUUGGAGAUGAGAAAAGCUGAUACUUACUCUGGGAUUCUAAAUUGUCUCUCUAAUGGUACCCAACCUGACAUGAUGGUAAAGACAGUCCGGCAGUAUGACUUCAUUCUGAGUAAAAAUCCUAAAAGUAGUGUUAGAGAAAAUGUCAAUUUCAUCUAUGCCAAUGUUGUGCUAAGCUGUGUCAAACCUGAAUCUCAACAACUUCACCCGUAUCAGACCCUCAUUGAUAUUCUUUGCCAAAUUCUUGAAGGCCAAAUCCCGUAUGGAGAAACCUUGGCAUUGCACUUCAUUGCUGUAGCUCUGUUGUGGCCACAACAGAUCUUUCUGUCACAAACUGAAGAGUCUCAGAAGUUUGGAAGCUAUGUGUCACAGAUUAGGACAUCAUUCUGUAACGAGAUGAAAUCUGUGUUGAAUGGAAAGUCGCCUGUUGUCCAUUUCUUUUUGGGGAAGAAACAGGGCUAUGACCGUCUUAUCCACCUUGGAGAACUUGAGAGGUGUGUAAGCCCACAAGAAAACUUUGCUUCGCUCUGGGAAAAUGGCAAAAUAUGGAAGCACGAGACGGUCAAGGAGCUCCUUUGCAGGGUGACAGGAUGGGUACAAAGAAAAUUAAUUAGGACAGAUACCUGGAGCACAGGCUCAAAGAUUGAAGUCAUUCCAAUGUUCAAAAGCCAGCUUUGUGGAAAAUUGGAGGGAGACAAAGUGUCUUUUGUCAUUGGUUUCUCAAUGAAGGGCCCACUGGCUUACGACAUAUAUUGAACAUCCAGAACAACAUAACUGAUGCAAUCCCGGCUGAGUCUUAAAAAUUGGUUCAACAUUGAAUCCUAUUAUAAACCUACUGUUAUUAUUAACUAACACUCACACUUUACCCCCCCCUUUUAGAUCUGACUUUGCUGAUAACUACUUUGAGGAAAAUUUUACUGACUGUGAUAUGUGGUUGUCUCAUCUAGCUAUUUUAAGAUCAAUGUAUUAAUUGUGUCUGCUACAUGACUAAAAUGUACACUACCGGUCAAAAGUUUUAUAACACCUACUCAUUCAAGGGUUUUUCUUUAUUUUUACUA